AUGAUUCAAGGGUACGUUGAUAUCAUUCUUGAUGCAUUGAAGAACUCAUCUUCGGGCGACCCGCAUGCACGUCGUUAUUAUCCAAAUGUGUCGGGUGUUGUGAGAAUUGCCGGUGACGAGUUUACAACAAAGAUGAUAAUUUACAAUUAUAUUACCAAGAUCCUCGACUUCAACGAAAGAAUUUUAACCGGUGCCACAGCCGGUGAUAAGGUUCUUAUUCCUAAGCUCACAAUCAUCCCUUCGGAUUUGAGGGUACCGUUGAAGUUUCAGCGCAAACUCUUCUCUGUCAUGGUUUCUUAUGCUAUGACGAUUAAUAAGAGUCAAUGCCUCAACUUCCCAAUCCCAGCCCGCCUAGUCACGAGCCAGCCGCUCAAUUUGGCAGCAGGCAAAGCCCCUUUUUUCUUUCGAACAAGACUAAAAAACAAAAGAAAAUCACAGUUUGGUCCAGGUAGAGCUACACCAUCAAACACUCGGUCCUGGAGAGUGGAGAUUCCUCGUCUUUCACACGUGAGUCUCCGCCCCACCUCGCCGCCCUCCCUCUCAUCCACCUGCUUCGAGAUCCCCAGCCACCGCCAGUUCGCCGGCGGCGCUGAAACUCUGAUGAGCAUAGUACAGAAAGAAACAAUCGAGGUGAUAGCACAGAGUGUUGGUAUUUCCAAUUUAUCUCCCGAUGUGUUGCCUGCUCUGGCAGCUGAUGUAGAGUACCGCGUUCGUGAAAUUAUGCAGGAAGCUAUCAAAUGCAUGCGCCAUUCGAGGAGGACUACUUUAACUACUGAUGAUGUUGAUAGUGCUCUCAGCUUGAGAAAUGUUGAGCCGAUUUAUGGAUUUGCGUCUGGAGAUCCGUUGCGGUUCAGGAGAGCUGCAGGACACAAGGAUUUGUUCUAUGUUGAAGAAAAGGAUGUCGAAUUCAAGGAGGUGAUUGAAGCUCCUCUACCUAAAGCCCCAUUAGACACUGCAGUGAUUGCUCACUGGUUAGCCGUUGAAGGAGUUCAACCUGCUAUUCCAGAAAAUCCUCCUCCUGAAGCACUUCAAACGCUUUCGCUGCCUUCUGAUAACAGAAAGACUGAAGUCAAAGAGGAGGGAGUACAUAUUGACGUUAAAUUACCUAUUAAGCAUGUCCUUUCACGAGAACUUCAGCUUUACUUUGAGAAAAUAACAGAAUUGACUGUCAGUAGAUCAGAGUCUCCUUUGUUUAAAGAAGCCCUAGUGAGCUUGGCAACGGACUCGGGGAUCCACCCAUUGGUUCCAUACUUUACAUAUUUUAUUGCAGAUGAGCUGCACCAAUUAAUGCCCCCCGUCAUGACAUGCCUGGUUGCCAGGAGAUUAGGACAUAAAAACUCGGACAGUCACUGGGACCUUAGAAAUUUCUCUGCAAAUCUGGUUUCUUCAAUAUGCAAGAGAUUUGGCCAUGUUUAUCACGACCUCCCGAAACGUGUGACCAACACACUAUUGCAUGCAUUCUUGGAUCCUUCCAAGGCCCUCCCUCAACAUUAUGGUGCUAUCCAAGGGCUAGCAGCCAUGGGGCCUAAUGUGGUACUUACAGCUUCUUUGUUCUCCCCUUUCCUCUAUCUCUGUGUUCGGAAGCUUGUUCUUCCCAAUCUUGAGCCUUAUCUGUGCCUUCUAGCGCCAGAAAUGCAAUUAGAGACGCAAAAGAAUGAGAUGAAGAGACAUGAAGCCUGGCUUGUAUAUGGUGCCUUAGUGCGUGCAGCUGGGUUGUGCUUGCACGAUCGCAUGAAGAGGCUGCCUUCUCUACCAUCUCCAUCAGCACAUACUGUCUUGAAGAGUAACAACAAAGUCCUGACGACGGUGUCGAAUAAACGUAAAGCCAGCAUGGAUAACGUAAUGCACCAGCCACCACUGAAGAAACUAGUGACAGACAAUUCUGCCGGGAACUCACUGCAAAUGGACAGUGGACACUCUAAUGUGCAACAAUCAGUGCCAUACACGAAUAACAACAACAUUGUGGGGUCGUCAAGUGGCGGAAAAGAGAUAAUUAGUGAGCAAGGUUUGAAAGUUGUUGAUCAGGCAUGGAAAGAUGAUGUAGAUGGCCAGCAGCUGUUGCUUUUGUUGUACGAGUAUUUUGGUGAAAGCAUGUUAUCUUUUGUGCCUUCACCUGAGGCAUCUUUAUUCUUGUGAUGUUUUAACUUUGGGGUUAGGGCAGUGCCCCGACUUUAAUUAGAACUGUGCUUAUAUUUUGGUGAUUCUCUGGUAAGUGACAGAUUAUGUUAUGUUAAUGGAGAUGGUUUUUAUUGACUAUUGAUGUGAUUCACUGCUUCUCUUCCCCUUGAAGCUUCUUUCCUUUUGUCUGACAGGGAAAUCUGAACUCCUCAAUCACCCUCACAUCCGCACCGUUCCUAACCAAUGGCGGGAAGAAGAGCCAUGAACUCGACCCCACCACGAACCCUAUCGUCAGUGGGCCCCCUACAAACCACGGCAGCCGCCACCUGUCCCGGCCGGCCGCCCCCAGACCGAACUCCGCCGCCACGCAGGCCCCGUGGAGCACAAAGAAGGCCGUCAUUUCCCACGACGGCCAUGCCCGGGUGACAUACCAGAACAGGAGCUCGUGCAUCAGGCCAGAGACGAGGAAGGACCCCAUCACCGCCGCCAUCGCCGCGCAUCGGCCGCCGCCCGCCGCCGACCUGACCGGCCGGUACACCGUCCGGCGGAGCACGUCGUUGACGGUCAGGUUCCACCGCCGGCCCCAAAACUCGCGGAGCGAGGUCGCGAGGUAGGGUUCGUCCGAGGCGGGCUCGAGCUCCAGGCCCAGCAGGGCCCGGCCCGCUGAGCUCGAGAUCUCGACCACAAUGUCCACCAUCAGAAAGACCAGACAACAAUACGCGAGAAGCACAGGAUUGGGACCGAUCCUGUCCUUAUAAUUAGAUAAUAUCGAAAUCAAGGAGGCGGCGAUGGGGAUUUCGGUGGCUAGAUUUAGGGGAAGUUUCUUGUGGGGCCUUGAUGGGGCGUUUUUGGGUCUGACCCUAAAAGGGAGAGCGACGGUGGCGAUGAAAGCGGGGAUCGACGACGGCUGGGAUGCGUCGAAGGCGAAGAGGAGCAGCUUGAAAGUGGCGAGCCAGGUGAUAGAGAAGGCUGUGAGAGCCGUGAAGAAGGCCGAGGUGGUGUGGAGGGGAAGGGCCGCGAAAAUGGGGAAAACGGGCAAAAGAGAAAUGAGCCUCCACUUGCCCUGGGGCAGUCGGGCAGACACAAAAUGACAGUAGCAGAGGCACGCCAUAGCCACUGACCAGACACGAGUUAUAUUCAUGAUUUCGCAAGCCAUUUCUUGAUCUUUUUCUUCUGAAAUUUUGAUAGGUCUCUCAAGCCUCACAAUGAGGGUCAACGAGAGGUAUAAGGAGGAGAUAAAAGUAGCGAUUCCUUUUGCAUUUAGACGUGGUCAACGUUUAAUCGUUGACCGAGAUUUGACCCAAGUCGGUUCAGGUUCAAACAAAUACUAUAAAUUUUGUGAACUUUCGG